AUGACCCCGACAACGGCAUCCGAGUGCAACUUGUAUGGGACUAUCAGGCCCCCUCGUCCUGAUGCUACAGUCGGCUUUCGCGAUUCAAUGAUUGGGGACGCAUUACGGAAGCAGGGCAUGAACAAGCUCAAGGCGGAUGAGGAUCUAGCAGACUUGGAACACGAGCAAACGCUUCUCUCGGAUCCUACGCGGACUUCCUUGGACGUCCGGUUCCCAAUGCUAGUGGUUGAAGGCGAAGGGUACGCUACUGGGGCGAAUGGCUUCGGAGCAGAGAAUCAAGCGGCUAUGGCAAGAAGUUGUAUGAUCAAUCUUCUGCGGCAGCUGACUGAUCUACAAAAGGAGACCUCGCCAGAUGCACAGCCUGAAGGGAUGGGACCCUUCGCCUUCUCUUUCUGUACGCAGGGACCGUGGCUUGGAUUCUGGGUCCACCACACCGUCGAAGAGGAGAGCAUCACCGAGUACCACAUGAACCUCUUGAUGGCGUGUCACACGUCCUUUGUCGCUGAGGUGCAAAGGCUCCUUCUCUUGGUGGAGCAGGUCAUGAGUUGGUACGGGAACGAGUUUUUGGACGGGGUUGCGGACCAGCUGGUCGAUCUCUCCAGGCGUCCUUUUACCGGCUGA